CUGGAGGCUUCAGCCUAGCUGUUUCUUUUUUCUUUUUUUUUCACUAGUGGGAUUGCCUUUGGAUUGCGCCAUUGGCUCAGUUGUAAAUGCAAUGUCCAAACAUCACCACCAGAGGGUUCCUGCUGAGUUUACGCUGAAGGUUCACUGUGCUGUUUCACCUGCUGUGCCAUCCAGCCCCUUCAUUUCUUAUCCAGACUUAAUCUGAAACCCAGCAACCUGCUAAAUACCACGGAAACAGAGCCCUUCCACAUCUCUGCGCUGCAGCCAUGGCCACCACAGAAUCAAUGUUUCCGGAUCAAAGUGACUUCGAUUACGAUUAUGAGACACUGAGGACCACGGGGGUUAUCCUCGCUGUUAUUAUGUUUGUCUCUGGCAUUUUAAUAGCUCUAACUCUAACUCAUCUGGUACCCAGAUUCCAAAGACAGAGGUGCCUCCUCCAGCUGUAUAGAAAACGUGGGAGGGAUAGCGAAGUCGCCCCAGGACUCAAGCUAGCGAACACACAAACACACACAUGCGCAACACACCAGCUGUUUUGUAGCUAUGUCUCUCAUGGCUAAUGUUACCUCUGCAGGCUGGCUAUUUAAUAAACAGUGUUUUCCAACACGCCCUAACCUCACCACUGACCUCUCAGUACUAAUACUGUGUAAGUAUUGACGCCAGUUAAGACCGAAAACAAAAAUGAAAAAAACAAAAAACAAAACACACAACAACAAAAAAAAAAGGAUGUAACUCCCAACCUUUAGACUGGAUGCGUAAUCAGACACAUGCAACAAGUUUGGUUUCUCUUUCAUAUAAUUCAUUGUUGUAACACAAUAAAAUGAAGAGCAUGGUUACAAAACGUAAAAAUCGAUUUGUCCAUUUUGUGUCGCUGACUUUACAUUCACUCAUCAAAUGUAACAAUCGUUGGCUUCUGUGUUUCCUCAACUUCUGCUCUGAUUUUUGGACUUUUCAACUACAAUCAAUAGGAAGAGCUAAAAAAAAAAAAAAAAAUACAGAAAGCAAUAAAUAAAUAAACAAAAAAAUGAGAUAGCUGGCAUAGUGGUGAUUGUGAGACUGCUGUGAAAUACAUCAUCAGUUUUAAGUUAAGGCUGAGGUAUCAAAAAUGAAACUAUGGAAUUCCCUGUAAAGUCUUUCUUCCAAAUAAAGGUCUUGUUUACUCAACAUGACGUACUGUG